AUGGAAAGUCAGUCGGUCAAAGAAGAGCACGAUUCAAACGAAGUGAUUUUCUUUCCAGAAGAGGAAAAGCCGAUCAUCUCUUUGAAACAGAGACUUGAUGACGCAAAGCUCCUGCAAGACUUGGCCGACUUACGGAGACUCCUCACCGCCGUCAUAGAACAUUCCACCAUCAUGCCGUUCCGAUGGUGUAGCAACAAGUACAUGUGUUUCUACUGCUGCUGCCCCUUCUCCUCCAGUAAUGAGCUCAGGCAACACACUAGAAGUGAACACGAAAACCCAAAACUCAAAUACGUACUGCAAAAUGUCAGGACCAAUUCCAAAAUAAAGUUGGACGUCACAGAAAUCAUCUGCAAGAAAUGCAGUAAACCAUUAGAUAGUUUGAUCGAGUUCUUCGACCAUUUGAACGCAGUUCAUGAUAUGAAACUGAACACGGAUGUGAGCGUUUACAUGUUCGCGUUUAAAUUGUCGGAUGAUGGAAUGGUUUGCCUCGAAUGCGGUCAGAAAUUUGUUUUCUUUGGAACUAUGAUCGGCCACGUGCAUAGGCUACAUUCAAAAACUGAGAUGUUCCUAUGUGAAAUCUGCGGCCAGGCCUUCUCCGGUAAAGCUAAUGUUACCAACCACGUCAGAGCAGUCCAUAACAUCGGCAGUAAUAGAUGCAGCAAAUGCUAUAAAAGUUAUUCUUCAGAGGCUGCUUUGGCUGAUCACGUGAGAAGGAUGCAUCGACAAGAGAGAUUAAAGUGUCCCAAAUGCCCAGAAAUAUUACGUACUCCUUACCUAAAGAAGCGACAUAUGGCGUUAGUACACGAUGUUAAACAAUUUCAAUUCACCUGUGAUAUUUGUAAGAAAACGUUCACAUGCAUGAGCGUGUUGAAUCAGCACAAAGCGAGGAUGCACGUGAAAGAAAAGAACUUUUCGUGCGAAAUAUGCGGCUUUAAAGUUUUCAAUAAAGACUUGCUAAAGAAGCAUAUGGUGAAACAUGACGACUCGAGACCAUUCCAAUGUGAAAUUUGCAAGAAAUCGUUUCAAAGAAAGAAGACUUUAGAUCUACAUAUAAGGAUUCACAUGAACGAUAAAAGAUACGCGUAUGAAGAAAAGCCGUUAAUAUCUCUGAAACAGACACUUGAUGAUGCGAAGCUACUCCGAGAUUUAGCCGACUUACGGAAACUCCUCACCGCCGUCAUAGAACAUUCCACCAUCAUGCCAUUCCGAUGGUGCAGCAACAAGUACAUGUGUUUCUACUGCCGCUGCCCAUUCUCUUCCAGCUCUGCUCUCAAACAACAUACCGGAAACGAACACGAGAACCCCAAACUCAAAUACAUACUUCAAACAGUCAGGACAACAUCGAAAAUCAAAUUGGACGUUACAGAAAUAGUAUGCAAAAAGUGUAGCAAACCAUCUGAAAAUCUAAUGGAUUUCUUCGAUCAUUUAAAUGGCAUUCACGACAUGAAUUUAAAUAAAGAUCAUAAAGCUAGAAUGCACGUUAAAGAAAAGAAUUUCGCUUGUGAGAUAUGUGGCUUCAAAGUAUUUAGUAAAGACUUGUUGAAAAAGCAUAUGGUGAAGCACGACGACUCGAGGCCCUUCCAGUGCGAAAUUUGCAAGAAAUCUUUUCAGAGAAAGAAGACUUUGGACCUGCAUAUAAGGAUCCACACAAAUGACAAAAGAUACGUGUGUAAGUCACAGAUUUAA